AGAAGCUCCACCUCUGUCAAAUACAGUGCCUCACCUUCCACUUAGUGUCAUGCUUAAUCCUGCACACACAGGUAGAACAGGUGUGCAGCCCCAGACCUCCUGAGUGCCUAACUGAGCCCACUACAUGAUCACGGUGUUCUUUACCGCCCUCCCAGGGCUGCUCCUUCUCCCUCUCCUCAUCAGCUUCAUAUUUCCUUUUAUCUUCCAGGACUUGGCCAACUUUUAUACUAUCCUACGUUUUGGCAUAAGGAACAAAAAAUAUGAACGCAAAAAACCUGCCUAUACAAUUUUGGAUAUGUUCUUGGAUAAGGUGGACAGGUUUCCAGACAAGCCCUUUAUUUUGUACAAAGAUGAGGUCUAUUCUUACUCCAAGGUGGACAAACUCAGCAACCAGGCAGCCAGAGCCCUGCGGAAGCAUGGUGCUGUGAAAUCGGGGGACUGUGUGGCUAUCUUCAUGAACAACUCACCUGCUUAUGUCUGGAUCUACCUUGGUUUGUCUAAACUGGCGUGUUCUUUGGCUUUAAUCAACACUAACAUUAGAGGUCAAUCCUUUCUACAUUGUUUCCGAUGCAGUGGGGCUAAGAUCAUCAUUGCUGAUCCAGAGCUCCGGGAUGUCAUUGAAGAAUUGAUGCCAGAACUCAAGAAAGAAAAUGUCAGAGUAUUUUUUGUAACAGACACAGCCAUCAAUGAGGACAGUGAAACGUUACUUGACAAAGUAAAGGCUGCAUCAGAUGAAUCCGUCCCCAAAUCCUUGCGCUCAUUUAUCACAGGAAAAUCUCUUGCCAUGUACAUUUACACCUCUGGAACCACAGGUCUCCCGAAGGCUGCCUUCAUAAGUCACAACCGCAUGCUGCUAGCAACUGGAUUGUUUGAUAUUUGCCGUAUACGACAAAGAGAUAUUAUAUAUACCCCCCUGCCACUGUAUCAUAGUUCGGCUAUGAUGAUUGGAAUCGGUGGAUGUAUCAGUAAAGGUUGCACUGUGGUCUUGCGACAGAAGUUUUCAGCCAGCCAGUUUUGGGAUGACUGUAGAAAGUACAAUGUGACUGUAAUACAAUACAUUGGCGAAGUCCUGCGAUAUCUUUGCAAUGUCCCAAAGAGAGAUGACGAUGCUUCACAUAAUGUCCGUAUGGCCUUGGGAAACGGUCUUCGGACUGAUAUCUGGAGUGAGUUCCUUAGGAGAUUUGGUGAUGUUCACGUAUAUGAGUUUUAUGCAGCUACUGAAGGAAAUAUAGGGUUUGUCAAUUACACCAACACAGUUGGAGCAGUUGGAAGAGCCAACAUCUUCCAGAAGAAAUUACUGCCAUAUGAAUUUAUUAAAUAUGAUGUGGAAAAGGAUGAACCUGUCAGAGACGCCAAGGGGCGAUGUAUUAAAGCACGGAAAGGCCAGCCUGGACUUCUGAUUGGUAAGAUUACGUCAAUAAAUCCCUUUGCUGGCUAUGCUGGCAAUAAAACCAAUACGGAAAAAAAGAUACUGAGAGAUGUCUUCCGUAAAGGAGAUGCAUAUUUUAACUCCGGAGAUCUCUUAACCGUUGACGAACAAAACUUCAUCUAUUUCCACGAUAGAAUUGGAGAUACUUUUAGGUGGAAGGGUGAGAAUGUAGCCACCACAGAAGUUGCUGAUAUUCUGGGCCUGGUCACUUUCAUUGAAGAAGUUAAUGUUUACGGUGUACCUGUUUCAAAUCAUGAAGGCCGAAUAGGAAUGGCCGCUAUACGGGUGAGGGAAUACUAUGAAUUUGAUGGGAGGAAAUUAUAUGCACAUGUCAGAGACUUCCUGCCAAACUAUGCAAGGCCUCGAUUUAUCAGAAUACAGGAUGUUUUAGAAACCACAGGAACUUUUAAACAGCGCAAGGUGGAGCUUGUAAAGGAAGGAUUUGACCCAUCUAUAAUUUCCGAUCCCCUAUACUUCCUGGACGAGAGAGAGAAGAAAUAUGUUCCUAUGACUCAGACUAUUUUUGAUGAAAUCAAAUCUAGAAAAAUAAAAUUAUAAGACUGGAUCCUAUUCAGAGAAACCUUGACUACCAUCAUAUGCAAUGGAUUGCUAGUCGUGUUUGUAGAUAGUUUAUUUUACAUUAAA